UGAGAGUCUAUGAGAAAGAGUUAGUGCCAUUGACAAUGAAAACCAUUGAAUUUUAAUUGAAAGUGAGUGUAACGAGAUGUUGAGGAAGGUAAAAUGAGUGAGUUGGGUGAUGGUGUGAUGGUCAGAGAAUUGUGUGAGAGAGAGAUAAUGAGAUUUAUUCCUAUUCUCUCUAAUAAUCUCUUGAAGCCAGCCCUCUUCACUGUCUCCAUGAAAUUCGAGUCAUUUUUACACAGCAUUUGUAAGUUCGUCUUUUCCUUUUAAUUUCUCACCCACAAAUCUGUUCCCAUUUGUGGCUGUUAAAUCCCAUCCAUAAUCAACUUGAUUUGUUUUUGGUGUCAAUUUUUGGUCAGUUUAUAGUCAUUAUGGAUUCGCCCAUAUCGACAUUUUUUGAAGGAAAAUGUGUUCUUGUUACAGGAUUUUCUGGAUUCCUCGGUAAAGUCCUAGUAGCCAAGCUUAUUAAAAGCACAAGAGUGAAAAAAGUGUACGUCUUAAUUAGAGACAAGAAUGGUGUCAAUUACAAGCAACGGACAAUCAAAUUAUUAUCCAGAUUACCUUUCACAGUAGAUAAAAAUGCCAAUGUAAGCUAUUCGGACCGUGUUAUACCAGUUAAAGGUGAUCUAACUCAUACUGGACUGGGAAUCAGACAAUCAGAGCUUGAUAUCUUAAAAAAAGAAGUUUCCAUCGUAUUCCAUUCUGCUGCUGAGGUCAGAUUCAAUGUUGAUUUAUCGACAAAUUAUGUUCAAAAUGUUGAGGGAACAGCAAACCUGAUCAGAAUAUGUCGAAAUUUUGAUAACAUUCUAAGCUUUGUUCAUAUAUCAUCCUUGUAUUCAGCUGGUCACCAAACAGUCAUAGAGGAUGAUCUUAAACCAUUAGACUUUGGAUACAAAGAAAUGAAGAAAUGUUUGAGCGGCGAUUACUUGGAACUGAAUGACAAGCUAAAAGAAAUGGUAGCUAAAUUUCCAAAUUCUUAUACUUUGACAAAAGCUCUGGCCGAGGAUCUUGUUUUGCAAGAGAUGGGUGACAUUCCCACCGCUAUUAUCCGUCCAUCAAUUGUUUUUGUAGCUGUUCAAGAGCCAGCUCCAGGCUGGGGUGAUACCUUACAAGGGAUCCAAGGAAUAACCAUUUCUGCAACAACUGGACUUCUUCAGACUGUCAAUUGGAAUUAUUGGACCCGUUUUGAGAUGGUACCAGUUGAUCAAUGUGCUAACUUAACCAUUGCCAGUGCUUGGUAUAUGGUUGAAAAAAGCCCAAAUAAAUUAAAAGUAAUCAACUUUUCAACUGGACCAUUCCAUCCUGACUGGACUUUUGGGCGAUUUUUCAGUGUUGCCCGUGAAUUUGCUGUCAAAUAUCCAAGUUCAAAGCAGCUCAGGCCCUUGAUUGUACCUCCUAAGAUAAAGAAGGCGUCCAUCCUUUUUCCAGUUCAAAAAUUUAUUUACCACACCCUUUUUGCGCUUUUCCUUGACCUUAUAUUCACACUUUUAGGCUAUAAAAAAAUUUUAUACAAGUAUGCUUGUAAAUUAAAUGAAGGAUUGGAUCACAUCGUUUUUUUCGCUUCUCAUCAAUAUGAAAUCAAGACUGGAAAUUACCUUAAGCUCGUGGAGAGUUUGUCCCCUGAAGACAAACGAGUAUUUCCUUGUGAUCUACGAAAUUUAAAUUUUAUAAGGCAAAUCAGGUGCACAUACUUUGGAUUCAGGAAAUAUUUCCUUGGUGAUGAUGAAGCCAAUAUCGAAGCCAGCAGAAAUAGAUCCAAACUUAUUUGUUUCGUUUACCGAGCAACUAAAUGGUCUUUCUUCCUGAUACUCAGUCUGAGUAUAUUCACACUUUACCGACAUGUUAUCUCUUAACACUUGAAAACACUUAUGGACUUUAAUGAAAGAAGACGAAUCCUUACCAAUCUUUAAUGAGAACCAGAAAACUGUGACAAUUAGGAAAUCAUUCUUUUCUAUAUUUCAACAUUAAUUAUACCUCACUAUCAUAACAUUGUGUACUGUAUAAAUAGUCAUCUGAUGUUUAGGAAUUAUCUAAAUAAUCAGAAAAGUUGAUAUCUGUGACCUGAGAGUACAUGUUUAGAAGAACCAAGACUCACACAUUUCAUACUCAUUCAAUCAACUAUAAAAUUUAUUUCAACCAAA